AUGACCUUCUAUUCCAACCAUCUUUUCCUUCUCACCACUUUCUGUAUACUGAUUGCAACCGAAGGCGCUGUGGACAUAUCCUGUCCCAAUUCGCCGAUCGACGCAAGCACCAAAUCGACACAGUUUCCCGCCGACGGAUUGGCCGCUUUCCCGGCCGGAUACACGUGUAAUAUCGAUGUAAGAUUCUUAAAAGUUUGCCAAAAAGCAUAAUGGGUUCAGUUCAACAUUCCCGAUGGAUACGUGCUGAAGUUUAUCGUUCAAAGCAGUGCCAAAGGCUAUUCGGGCGACUCGUUCAUUAUUGUCGAUUCGAUUUCCACGCUUAAUGUGUGAGUUCCUGUUCCUGUUCCAAAGUAUUGUGAAACGGGGCAAGUAUUGUGACAACUAAUCGGAGCAACACCUCAUAGAUAUUAAUGAGAAAACCGUGAAACUCGAGCAAUUUGCCGACUUUUUGCACUUUUCGUCGCUCUCAUGGAUGCUGUUUAGAAACUGGACCGUAACUCAGGAAUGAAGAGUUUUGGGAUCAAAUGAUCAACUACAAAGUUGUUAAGCAUAAAAAAUACUGCAACUUUUCAGUUGACCACUUUUUGGAAUAAUCAUUGAAUCUCUAGAUAUGACUGUCCAAACACGCGUUGAAAAGUACCAGAUCAGGCCCUAAAUAUGAUUUUUGAGAAAAAUGAUGAAAAAUGAUGCGUUCCUAAACCAAAAGAGCGCCAAUGCCGUUUUUUUUUCCAGAAUCGGAGAAGGACAAUCUCUAUUCAUUUCGCCGGCGAACAAGUCGCAAGUCUUGAUCUCGACCGUCACCAAUUCGAGCAGUUUCUUCGUUUCCUGGCAGUACGUCGACGUCACACAAUUCGCAAGAGUUCUCCAAUCGACUGGAUCCGUCAUGAGUUUGGCAUUGGCCUCAAACAGUUACUACACGUUCAAAAGUACGAACGAUCAGGUGGUUUUGCAUCCGGCGAACGUCAAACGAAACUUUGAUUUGGUGCUGUCGCAAAUUUACGUGUACGACGGAGAGGAUCUGAAAACGGGCAAGUUCCUCGGCAACUUCAUCACGGCCAUGAGCGAGACGCCGUACCUGAGCUCAUCGGGCAAGUCUCUGACUAUUGUCAACUUCUACGGAACCGCCUCCAACUCGUACGUGCUCGCCAACGAUUUGUCGACAGUGUCCGGCUACGCAUCCUACGGAUUCUACCUGCUGACGACUGAGAACGUGGACUGGUUCGAGCACCACGUGGAUGCUUCCGCCGCGAAGACCCUCGCGUUCACCUACUUUUGUGUGGAUUGCAAUGAGAAUUACAUCGCCAAUUUGGACUUUGUGAAUCGACAAAUCGACGGACAGACUGUGCAAUUUCAGCCGUUGACGCCCACGCACAAGAUGACAAAGCUGCUGAGUUACGAGUGAGUUUUGUUUGCGUGUGUUAGAACCUUGUCUCUAAUUCAAUCAUGGUGCAUCCAUUUCUUUCAGUGCUCAAGACCAAGUGUGGCUCAGCCUGCCCCAACAAGUCCCUUCGAACCUGUUCACAAUGACAGUAUCAAACGUCGGGGUCCAACGACUACUGGGGAAUGCUGAACUCGUACCCGACGAACGAGAUCCUGAGGGCCCGAGUGCACGACCUGGAGAGCAUGCUGAAGGCGGUGAUGGAGCUGGAGCAGAAGACGAACCAACAGUGCUCGGUCGUCUAUAUUAUGGAUCUGACGGGCAUCAAGAUGGACAAGCGCACGAUGACUCUGCUGACGGGCGGCCUCUCGGCCAUCUCGGCUUUCAUGGCCGAGCACUACGUGGAACUCGUGCACAGCUUCGUGCUCGUCAACGUGCCCGGCUUCAUCUCGGCCAUCUGGAGCAUUGCGAAGCCGCUGUUGCCCGAGCGGACUCGCAACAAAUGCAAUAUUAUGGGGUCGAAUUGGCGAGUGGAGGUGCUGAAGAUGGCCGACGGGUCUUGUCUUCCCGCCUACUGGAACGAUCCCGACGACGACGGACCGUUCACGGCGCCCAUCGAAAAGUGCGUGCCGUUCCCGGAGGACAAUUAUUACAAGGGAAAGGCGCCCGAGAACGCGGAUCACCUGACGGUCUCGGCCGGAAAGAGCGGAUAUGUGGAGAUUGAGGUCAAGACGGUGGGUCUUUUUUUGGAUAGUGAUCCGCCGGACAUUAUCUUUCGGCACUUAUAUCUUGAGAUCCAGCUAUUAUUUCAAAAAGUGAUCAACUGA